CCUCCCCCCCUCUCUCUUUCUCUCGCUCUGUAUUUUCUCUCCUGCCUCCCCCGUGCAAGCAGCCGGCUCAGGGAUGCUGCUGUCUCCUUGCCUAGUAUGGGCCAUUGCUGCUGUAGGCUCCAUCUCCUCCCUCUGCGCUGUCUGGAGCAAACGAGUGAACGUGCCAUUGUGAAAGAGAGGGAACUGUCCCAGGAGCUUGCCAGAAUCAGGGAUGAAGUGGCUUUCAGUGUCGCACACUGGGAGCAACUGCAGCAGGAGAAGGAGGAACUGGAGCGUCGCUUCGAGGCUGAGCUGCAGGGAUUGCGGGCUCAGCAGCAGAGGGAGCUGGGAGCGCUGGAGGAGCGGCUGAAGGCGCAGCACAUUGCCGAGGACCGGAGUCUGAAGGCCCUACAGCGGGAUGAGCUGGACGACCUACGGAUCCAACAGCAAGAGCAGAUUGAGGAGAUGAGUGAGAACCACGAGGCGUCCCUGGUGGAGAUGGAGACGGCUCACAACGACACGCUGACCACUCUGCAGGAGGAGCAUGCCAGGACCGUGAAGAAUCUGAAGAUGGCCCAUGAACAGCAGAGGAAGUCUCUGGAUGAAGAUUUUCAGAAGAUCAGACUAUCGCUGCAGGAUCAGGUGGACACGCUGACGUUUCAGAAUCGCAGCCUCAGGGACCGAGCCAAGCGCUUUGAGGAAGCUCUUCGCAAGAGCACAGAUGAGCAGAUAGUGGACGCUUUGGCUCCUUACAAACACAUUGAGGAGGACCUGAAGAGUCUCAAAGACGUUCUGGAGAUGAAGAAUCAACAAAUUCAUCAGCAGGACCUGAAGAUAACAGAGCUGGAGAUAAUAGCUGAAAAGAAUGUAUACCUGGAGGAGAGAGUGCAGGUGUUGCAGCAGCAGAACGAAGACCUGAAGGAACGAAUAGACAAGAACCUGGUUGUGUCCAGACAACUCUCUGAGGAUAACGCCAACCUGCAGGUCAACGUGGAGAAGGAGAGCAACGAGAAGAAGCGGCUGAGUCGCAACAACGAGGAGCUGCUGUGGCGUCUCCAGACGGGAGAGCUGAGCCCUCGCAUGUCCCCCAGCUCCUCCCCCAUCCACCGACCCUCCCCUGGACCGGGCUCCCCUGGCCGCCCACACUCCUACCAUCAAUGACACUCUUCACACUCUUUGCUGAAUGUUCCUCUGGGUAAAGGAAAGGAGGCCUCUCACCCUCGUGAUGCAUUUCCACAGACAAACCCAAGGAAUUUUAACUUUUGAACUAAAUAAUUGUAUCAAAGCUCAAAGCCUCUUGCCUCUUCUUUUUCUAUUCAACACAAAUCUCCCACCAAGCAGAACGCGCUGCGAUACUGCGGCGGAUGAAAGACCUGAUCAUCGUCAGAGAGCAGGAACAGACUCACAGUGCCUCAUUUCCAUGUUUUGGCCUCCAUCUGCAAUCUCCACCUUCUCCUCCAGCGCUCAGGACGAUGGAUGUACGGCACAAAGCAAACGUCGAAAGUGCAGAACAGUGAACACAAGAAGCGCCUUUCCUGUCCAGUCUCUUUCCACCAGCAGCGGCACAGGCAACACUUUGAGGGAAAUCACAAACCUAAGUGUGGAUUCCUCUGUGGGACAUGACAAAGCUUUCAUGUAUCAGGAUUAGACUGACUAUUAUGACUGACUCUCAAGCCAUCCAGCCUCAAUCGUCCGUCCCAUGUUUUCCUUCAACGACCAGAUGUCAGCGCUGACCUGAAAUGUACGACAACAUAACAACUCAUCAUCGUCCAUUGAUCUGCCAAAAUGUUUUAGCUAUGGUAUUGAUUUUAAUUUAUUUAAAAUAAUGUACAUGUGUUGAUUUCUUUUAAAGCAUGUUCUGUCUUCCGGUUAUAAUGAACUUUAUUUUUGGAUCACUGACGGUGUGUGAAAUGGAGCGGACGAGAGAACGGGUGAAACAAGUUACCUCUUGUAACCUGGAGCAGGAUUAAGUCAAAUGAAACCAAGGUCAAACAGUCGGCUCAGAUUGGAUCUCACUUCCCCGCCCCUUUAUGCAAUUAAACACGUACGCUCGCAAAGAUGUAAUGCAAUGACAGGAAGCAGCGAGGAGAAGAUAAGGAAAUCAAAAUAACACGACGCAGAUUUAUUUUCCAAGCCAAAAUCGAAUAACUUCUUUCUGGGCCCAUUUCUCAUCCUUCCACCAAGUUUUGUGGAAAUCUGUUCUGUAGUUUUUCGGUAAUCCUUCUAAGAAACAGACAAAUAAAUGGACAGGGGUGAAAACAAAAGCGCAGGAUAAGAAAUCGCCAAAGACGGAAUCACUCACACAGUCGUCCAUCAUGUGUAACGGCUUCAGAUUCAUCCUUGUACGGUGCAGACAUCAAACAGUAUUUACCUGAACACGUGUGAUUCCCACAGCUGUUCAUCGUGCUGCAUUGAUUCACUUUGAGAUAUGUUCUCUUGUUCUUUCUUUGAAUGUUCCUUAUCUCGGUAUCGUUUUUGGUUUCUGUUUCACUCGUGUUUUCUCUGCAGAAAAACCUUGAGAAGAAAUAUGAUGUGAAAAACAUCAGAGCCCGACCGAUAUGGAUGUUUGGGUCCUAUAUCCAUAUUAGGAAGUAAACCUUUUCCAAUACCGAUAUAUGGGUCUAUAUUUAUAUAUUUAAAAAGAAAAAUUGUCAAUGACUCCUAUGAUGUUGUUAUCAAACUCUAAUGACAAAGAAAUGUAAGUGAGGCUUGACAUUUUAACAGUUUGACCAAAAACUUUAUUAUAAAUAAGUAAAAACAAAACACAAAUACAACCAAAUAUAUUGAACUUGAAAAAAUAAUAUUGACUAUAAACAAAUGUACUGAUGUGAAAUAUAACAUAAAUGCGCAUAAUUUAUUCUGUAAAAUAAAGUUUUUAUUUCAACAAACACAAACGCUAACAACUUUUAUCAGCCGUCCGAUAAUAUCAGUCGGGCUCGGACGUGUUUCUUCUCUCGAUUUUCAUCUAUUUACUUUCGAGGGAUGAAAAAAAAUCCUAAAUUUGCUGCAAGCUGUUACCUCAUGUCUCAUUGUAGAGAAUCUCAGGUGUUGAGAAAUAUGAAUCAUCAAAAGGGAGACAACUGCCAUAACCUUUAUUUGUUUUACAGUAAUCGGACUAUUUUAGUUUUCCUUCAUGCUGAUGUUUACAUAACCACACAGUUCACUGUCUGUUUUGCAGAAUGUGGAAGAAUAUAUAUAACAGUGAAGUCAGCAAAUAUAAAAGUAGUUUGAAGAAGCAUUGCUGUACAUGAUAUUAACAUGAUUUAAUAAUCAGAUCCCCGUGCAUAAUAUAAAAUAGGAAAAUCUGCUCUGGUAAGACUUUGGCUGUAGGUGAGUUGUAUUUGCUGUCGGGACAAGUCGCUGGGGGGUUUCUCUGUGUAGCGACAGGAAGUGGAAAUGAUGCUUCUCUCCGUCAGGUGCUCAGAUUGCACCGCUCGCCUCUGUGUCCCAUGGACACGACGUUGUGCUAAUUUACUGAAUGUUUGUUCCGCACUGAAACAAGAGGUUUUUGUUUACAGUUUACAUCCUGUGUACUGUACGUGCGGAUGUCGGUACUUCUGUUGAUUGUUUACAGGACUUCUGUUGUAAAGAUUGUAUUCAGUAUUUCAGAAACGCUCUGAAUGAGUUUUUAAGAAAGCAUGUCUUUAUAAGGGUGUUGUGCAUUUCAUCUGAUUUUAUUUUUUUUGGUACAUUUCUUGUGCAUUUCAUAUAUUUAUUUAUUUAUUUAUUUAUUCGUCCUCCUCCAGAACUGCACCUGUAGCUUAGCUGGUGAAAAUAUUGUUGUCAGUGAUGAGACACUAACAUCUACACUGUAUAUGUUGCACUUUGUAUUUAAGUAUUAAACCACAAUAAGAAAA